CAAGAAUCCUAAGACAAAGUCAUUGUAAUAGCCACCGUCAAACCAUUUACCUAACAGAGAAGAACAAGAUGAACCAAAAAAACACAAGGCGUUGUCCCAACCCCCUCCAUCACAACCCCAAUGUACCUUUCUCGUCGGUACAAAAGGGUCAAGUCAAAACCUCACUCUCCCAGGCGAGAGGAGAGAUAGACGGAGAGAGAGUCUGUCAAGAAGCCAGUCGUACAUACCAGCCAAGAAUCGAAACCCAAAACCCCGUUUCCUGCCUCCAGAGGCUAAAAUCUCGGUCCAAAAGCAGCCCAGCUCCCCGAUACCAAGUAAGGCAAAAGGCAUACAUAAAAUAGAGGUACGUAAAAUACCACAGGGGAAACGUAUUACGAAACUCCAAAAGUCUACCGAGAAACAUGUGCUGGGAGAAGCAAAUAAUCUACACAGACUGCCACCACAGCGUCUUUGAAGACAUAGACUGCGCAGACCACAAAGCGCAAGCGCGCAAGCUCAAUUACGACUCCAGCUUGACCUCCUCCUCUGUUAUCUCUGCCAGCAAUCAUCCCAAGCCCAAUACCAGCACCAACAACGCCAAAAGAGCACGACGAAACCGCAAAGAUCGCUCCCCGUGGAGAUUGCUCCUCUGCCCCUGCUUCACCUGCCCGUCCACUCCCUCCACGCCGCCACCGUCACAAGGCUACGAAGAGUUCGGCACCUGCCGCGAAAGGAAACGCUGCAUGAGUCCCGUCGGGGGAACUUGUCCCCGCUGCGUCCAGGGAAAGGCCGUCGCGGCGAUGCAGGCCGUUCCUCCGUCGACGCCGACGCCGGCGAGGACGCGGUAUCAGCAUGGGCAGCAGCAGCAGAGGCGUCCGGAGUUGGGGGGAAAUGUUGGUAGGAAUGAUGCUUACGGUGCUCCAGGUUUUUCAGGAGAUCGAGGGGGGCAGAAGGCCUCGCGGCGGGGUGAUGAUGUGCGUCGAUAUCAGGGCCCCAGGGCUCCGGGCCCGCCAAGGGGCGGUGGUCACGAUGGGAACGGUACGAGCAGAGAUGGCGGGGACGUUGACGGCAGAAGUGGCAGAGGUGUUGCUGGUGCAGUGCCACAGAAUUCAAGGGGUGGUAGAUCUCCGACGUCACCGUGGUUCAAUAAGCGAUUUCACGACGCUCGCGAGGAGGAGGCCAGCCGGCAGCAGCAUCGUCGAGGAGAGCAGCAAGGUGCCCAGCAAGUAUAUCUUCACCAGCAGCCGCAAGAGCAGCGAAGACCGGUGAGUCACGGUGGACAACGGCAUCAGCAGCAGCAGCAUCAGCAUCAACACCAAUCCCAACAGCAAGAGAGACCAAGUGGUUCUACAUCACCCUUUCCCACGCAGCCCAAGCCGAUACCCUCGUACGUCCGUGGAUCUACUUUCCACCUCCUCCCCGCGCCCCUGAAAAUACAAGAGAGGACCAAACGAGAUACGGCUUCCCGUACGGUGGAGGGCACGGCCGAUAUGUCCGAAGGGCUAACCCGUAGUUCCGCAAACGCAAGCCGUCCUCUGCAAGUGAACGCCACCCAUGAGAAAGGUAAACGACGGAGCAGCCGGGAUCAGCAGCAGGAGGACCGCCGCGUAGUAGUCAGCAGCUCGGAGCCACGCAUCGCAGGAGCGGAAUGUACCCCCGAGUUGCCACUGGAGGAGCUGAUGGACGAGGUCGAGAUGCUGUAGCGGAGGGUCCCCAAUUAGGAGCAACGGUGAGCUUCAGCCGCGUGGCUGGUGAAGAGGGGGAGGGGAAGCAGUCCUCUGGUCAAAAAGUAGAGAAAUAGAGUAGGUAGGCCAUGUUCCAGCGAUCUGGCCA